UCAUGGAUGGUGCAGUCAUGCAGUCAUUUUAUGACCUUGCAGAGGAAAGGUCAACUUCUAUAGCAGCUGCAAGUCUUCUUGUUGAUAAACUGCAAACCACAGCCAAAGACAACCUGGGUUAUUCAUGGAAACGUCUAGUGAAAGGAAUGUCAUCUAACAGGAAAAAUGCCAGGCAAGGAUUUGCUGUUGCAUUGACUGAAAUCCUACUCCAAUUUCCUGAUGUUGAUGUGAAGGAAGUUUAUGCACUGUGCAAAGAAACUAACCUUCCAUCAGGUCAUGUUAGUCAGAAAGAGAUUAGGGAUCUUUACUCUGGUUUUGUAUUCUGUGUUUCUGCAUUGCAGAGAUCCAACAGACUGGAGGACAAUGAGCUGUGUAUUGAGGUUCUGAAAGACCUGCUACAGAUACUUCUUAAAAAUAAACUUACAAUCAAAGAUGUUGUUUUUAAGGUAUUCAUAGAUGUUUUAGACACUAUUAAACUGGAAAAUAUGGACAAAGUUUUUGAGGCUUUCAGUGAGGAACUAAAGAAAGGCUGGACACAAUGUAGCCCAGAGCGAUUAGCCCUUAUGUCUUACCUAGAAAAGAAAGAUGCUACAAAUGCUGGUAAGAUUAUUAAGAAGCACUGGAACUUCUCCCAUUUACAUCAUCCUCACAACUAUGAGAAUAUUGCUGCUGUGUUAAAAGGAAUCCAUUGUGAAGAAAGAGCUAAGCCUCAACUUUCUAUCAUUCUUGAUAGUUGUACAUCAUCAUCCCAUUUCAAGAUUAAAAAAGCUAGUAAACAUUUCUUUUCUGUGAUGGAAGCUGGUGAAAACAAAAACACAGUGAUAUUUACAAUGGUUCAUUUCCUUAAUUGCCUCCCAGACGACAAAGUAGGGUCCUUUGUUUGCAAACACAUGGCUGAGCAUUUAAAGAAAGCUCAUCCAUCAUCUCCUGACUGCAUAACAUAUAUGACAGACUCAGUUAGCGCAAGAAUUUCCAAGGUGGAGUCAUCAGAAGCUAAAGUAUCUAUUGCAAGAUCCUUCUUAGCUCUAUCUCCUCGAAGAGCAUCAUGCUUUCAUGAGAUUCUUGACAGUCUUUUUGGAAAUUGUCCUUCUGAUGUUGUAGAUGACUGUGUCUCUCUGUUAGAGAGCUCCUUUAUUACAUCAAAUAAUGACGCCAGCUCCAAAAUAACAACAGAAUUUAGAAGUGACUGUUUGUCAUGGGUGAUGAAUAUAAUCAGGCAUUCCAGCCCAAAAGUAGUGUAUCAGGUCACUAAGUUCUUAUUCAUCUACUCUUAUUUUGAAGUAAAAGCUGAAUGUGUAGAGUUUCCUCAAGUUAAACCUGCAGAGCCAAAACUGUCUCCAGCUACUAUUGAAAUUUGUAAAGCAAGGUUUAAUUCAUGUUUAAAACUUCUUUCAAUUCAAAUAGCCGAUGUUAAGUCUAAGCGCAAAGGUACCGCUGAAGAUGGAAGGUAUUGGGUUUAUCAUCUUAUGAGCUCGUCACUGGUGCUGUUCACAAAUGAACAAUUUCCAAUGUUAUGUGACAUAACAGGUUUUGAGGAGUGGACAUCUCUUUGGUCUGUCAUUGAUGAGAUAGAAGCUAAAAGUCCUGAAUCUAGAUCAAAUGAGGACUGGGCAUUUGAGCUCCUAUUCUUGCACGCUGGUAUUCUAUUUUUUGAUGAACAGGAGCAGGCCAAAGUUGUGCUCAAUGACGUAUUCCAAUGUUAUGAGAAGCACAAAACAGGAAGUACUGAGAACUGGAAAUCUAUUCUUGUCGACCUUUUGAUAAGUAUUCUAUCAUAUGAGUCACUGAUGCUAAGGAAUAUGGCAAAUGAGUGCUUCAAAAUGGUAUGCCAUGACUUAGAUAGUGAAUCUAUCCAAUUGGUCAUGACUGCAUUGGAAUCGAGUGAUAAAGAUGAUGAUGAUGAAGAGAUGGAAGAUGAUUCUGAAUCUGAUGAAAGUGAAGGAGAUGAUAACGAAGAAAGUUCAGAUGAAGAAGAGAUUGAAGAAGAUGAGGAGGAUGACGAAGAGGAUGAAGAAAGUGAUAUGGAAGCAGAUGACGAAAAUCAAGAGCCUGUUGUGGAAAAGGCUGAUGAUGAAGCAGAUGAUGAUAUAAAUUUAUCAGAUGCAGAUGAAGAAGAAUUGAACGAAGUAGACAAAACACUUGGUGCUGCAAUUAAAUUUGCAAUCAAUUUGAAAAAGGACAAAAAAAACGAAAAGAAACAAAAGGCAUUGAAGAAAGUUAAGAUGGUUCAAUUCAAGGUAAAGAUAUUGGACUUUAUAGAAAUAAUCGUCAAGGAUAUCGGAUUUUCAUCAGCCACAAUGAACAUUCUUCCUAGAUUAUUGCAGCUGGUUGCAAGUCCGAGUGUUACCUCAGUUCCUGUUUGUAACAAAGUUCUGGGUAUUUUCAAAAAUAUGUUUGUAAUGAAAUCUGACAAGCUGACAGUCAAUUUUGAAGACUCUUUGAAGACUGAUGUCCCUGCUAUCCAAGAGUUUAUUUCCAAAACUGCCAACCGUAAAGCUCAACAACUAGCUAUCAAAACCUUGUUUAUGUUGUGCAAAGUCCAUCUCAAUGCAUCUGAGCAGCCAACAAAGAAGAAAAGAAAGGUUAGCAAAAACGUCACACCGAUUGCUGACACAAUUUAUUCAGUUUUCAGUCCAAUGUUAAACGACUUCUUUACAAACAAGAACACAAAACAGGACAAAAAUAUUUUCUUCCAGAUCAUUGAGCGGUUUCCAAUCGUCCGGCCGAAUUUUGUGCAAGAUGUUACUACAUUCAUCAACCAGGACAUAACGAUCUAUGCCAAAAUGCAAGCAAUCAUCCUCCUUCAAAGAGUUUUAUCAUUUGCUGAUACAUCUGUACAUAGUUCACAAGAUGAGAUUCUGGGUGCUCUGAGUUCCCUACUUACAAAGAUCCUCGAGAAUGAAAAGCCAAGUCCACAUCACAUCAGAGAGUGUUUGAAGCUGUGUUUGAAACUUCAUGCUGUUUCUACCAAGUUAGAGUUAACCAUCAACCCCUUGAACAGUGAUGUUAGGAAUGUUAUAGAAUCUGUUGGUAUGUCGCAAAUUGCGGGUAAAUUUCCUGAUUUACCUACUUUAUCUAGAAAGGUGUUGAGUUGUUAUGACUAAUUAACAAAGUGAUUAUUUGAAUCAGACUAUGAAAGUUUAUCUUUUCAGUUUGGGGCACAUUUUAACAUAGUUACAGUAAAAUAUCUAUUUCUUUUAACAUUUUUUCCAUUUUUAAGGUGCGGCUUUUAAUAUCAAACUGAAAACAUCUUGACAUGAUCGGUAUUUAUUGUGAAAACUCUAAAAUCAGUUGGAACUUAAUUUAUUACAUUUUA